AUGGUUAUGGUGGCCGUCAUCGAGGAUGCCGUGGGCGACUGCUUCAAAGGAGGGCAAUGUAAGCGUUCGUGCGGCCGGUAGUUAGAGUUGCCGUUUUGUUGCAAUGAGUUCGAAUACGUUUGACGAGACCGAUCUGCGCGCGUAAUAUUCGUCGACAGCAUGAACAUGGUGAAGGGGCUUGGUUUUGGCGUUGUGGGUCGGAGGCACUUGGAACUUUCGAGCCGGUUUUUUGAGUUUUGGCUAGGGCGAUCCGACUAAUUCCAUAGAUUUCUGCUUCAGUCUUCACUGUUAUUUGCCAGAUCGGUCAAUCCUGAACAAGUUCCUCCAAUGUCUCCGGGUUGAUUUGCGGAUGCUCAUGGGUGGUCUUCGGGGUGUCCUGGUAGCGUCGUUUUUGUUCAUCUUGUCAGCCAACAUCCAUAACAACGUCAUGCUAUAAGAGUAGUUUUGUAAGUGCUUCUUAUCCAUCCUCAUGGGGCGGCGAUCCGGCGCAGUUGGAUCUGACUCAGCAUGCCUUGAAUGCUGAGAAUUCCGGUUUUUUCGAUAACUUCUGCGUCUGAGAUCAUGUCAUGCCACCUCAGAUUCAGUAUUCUUUAGGGACAGCCAAGGCGGAAGUGAUCGAGUUUCCUCGUCUGAUCCUUUUAGAUGGUCCAGAUCUCCUCUUCGUACAACAGCUCUGUCCAGAUGACAGUUCUGUAAAUUUUGCGUUAUGUGUUGUGAUAGCCAUUAUGGCGACUUAACACUGAGUCCUGCAGCCGGCCGAAAGCCCAGCUGGCUUUGGAGAUCCGAUGCGCAGUUUCAUUGUCGAUUUUUUUGUCCCGUGAGAGUGUGCCGCUUAGAUGGACGAAUCUGUUCACUGUUUUGAUUUCAGCGCCGUUGAUACUGAUGGGAGGGUCGAUGCAUUCAGUAUUGGGCAUCAACUGGUAGAUGACCACAAAUUUAUCUAUGUUGAUGUCCAGUCCGGAAUAUGCGCAGCCAGAUGCGAAGCGGUCCACGCUCCAAUGCUUAUUCACUCCGGUCGGGAUGCUGAACGUAAAGUGUGCAAAGAACGGGUCGCGAACAGUAGUCGUGGACAGCCGUGUUAAGGCAUGCUUGCGUCGGGUGUUAAGAAGUCGGUCGCCUACCUUAUGAACGAUGUUGAUAUCUGGGCGCUCUUCAUGGUAGGCAUCAAAGAUUAUGCACGAUUACACAACUCUGUUUUGCCCCACUAGUCACCGCGGAUGCAUUCGAAACUUUCCUAUUGUCCGUGACCUGCGCUAUCAUGCCAUCGUGGAGCUGACGCACCAUGUAUGAGAAUCUUUCAGAACAUAUAAAUUUCUACAUGCCUCACCGGAUUUCAUCGCGACUCACUGUGGCGUGAGCCGUCGUUGGGUUUACUAAGGCAGUUUAGGGGGUCCAUAUGCAUUUUGCUGAACUUCUACGGUUUUGGGGCAGCGAAGAUCAUAUCGACAGUUCCGUGGUGUCGUCCAAAUCCGCCUUAACUCUCAGGGAGAAGUCCUUGCUCCAGGUGCCUGUUCGGGCAUUUGGGGAGGACGCGGGCGAAGAUUUUCCCUGUAAUGUUGAACAAAAUGCCUCUCUGAUUAUCAUAGAGCUGUAGGUUCCCUUUCUGCUUUCGGAAAUAGACGGAUGUCGCGUCUCCGAAUUCCCGAGAGAAUUGACCCAGUCACCAAAUUCCCCGAAUAAGUGAGGUAAGUUUGUCCGUCACCCAAGGGAUCCUACCUGUGGACUUCAGUCGAAACUACGUCGGCUCCUGGUGUAGGGCCGUGAUAGUCGCUUGCAGCAAAGGCGGGCGGUCGAGGUUAGCGUUGGGCUUUACAUGAGGGGGCCUGCUGAUGGCAGCGUCGGAUAUUGUGGGUGGUUGAUUAAGGACGCGUUGAAAGUGCUUCUCCCAACAAUUCUGAUUUUGCGAUUUCGCCAUGAGAAAUUAUGUUUUGUGGACCGGUUCGUUUAUUGUUGUGACCGCAAACCGUCUUUACUGACGUAGAAAUCCCUCAUUUCAUUGCGGUUCGCAUAUUCGUAUAUUUUCUCUGUCAUACUCCAAAUGACGACAUGUGAAGGAGGCCGCUUUUUUUCGUCAGUUCCAUGGUUGACAUAACUGGGUACAAACUAUUAUUCCCAGAUAGCUUAUUGCGGGCUUCUCCCCUGUCGUUUAAAUAAGCCUGGUGUUAAUGUCAUGUGCAAGAGAAGGACGUCGAGAACAGUGCGUGGGAUGACAUUCCGUGGUGGGCACCAUCGUGCCUCCGCAGUGGCGUUGUCGUACGGAGUCUACUUUCAUCCAAAUAGUGGGUCAGUUGAUUAUAGAAAAUUAAACGGUCGGGAAACACAUUCAACAGCGCAGCAUUCAACUUCCUGGUGGUCGUUCACAUUGUGAUCUCCUGCAGGGUUGGAGUCACAGCCCCGUCUUGGGAAUGAGGACGCGGUGAUCCGCCCAGCCGUCAAUUUCGCGAAUCCCCUGUCACCAGUAGGUCGUGGCGGUCUCACCUCCAGACGGAAGCGUAGUUCAACAGCUGCCAGCGCCGUGGAGGGGAGUGCAUCCACGCUAUCUUUUCCCGCGCUGGAAAGCGGAGAGUGCUGGUCAGGAGGAGGCGGUGUUUUGCGCUGGUUCAAAGAAGGGGGAGGCAGUUCUCCUUGCAGGCUCCGAUCGUAUGGUGUCACAGUAUUCCUCAAGAAGCAUGGUCUCUUAAAGCGCCGGUAUUUAAAUCAUCAACGACAAUCGACUCGACUGUCUUCGACACAGUCGUCAGGAGGGCGCGCAGGUCUUCGCAGAACUUGGCCUUCAUUUCGUCGGGGAUAACCAUUGGGGAGAGGCAUAGACGCGGACGAUGGUGGCAAAUUUGUUUUCCCGAAGGGUCAUGCGUAAGGUGGUGAGACGGUUGUUGGUGCUUUAUGGCAGACAGGCCAGUUGUUCUAUGAUUUCGUCUCGAAUGGCGAAGGCGAAGCCGGCAACCAGAUGUUCUGCCCUUGACGGCCGCUCCAAAAGAAGGUAUAUCCGAUACCCACUGCCUCAAUUUGACCCUGUUUGGAAAAUUGGGCCCCGCCAUGAGCACCAGUUCUCGCGCAACGAGCGCCGUCCUUCUUUCCAAUUGAUUGCUCCGCAGCUUGUCUAACACAGAGCGAAUAUUCCAUGCUGCUAGAAUGAGCAGUCGUUCCAGCAACCUGUGGAAUGGGAAGGAGAGGAUGAGGACAAGGAUGGAAUUUUUGUUUGAUUGCUUCGAAUUUGAGCUGUGUAUUUGCCGGCCAGCUUUUGCAUAGACCACCCCUUCUAAUUCCUCCCUCGAGAGGGGGUAAUUAUUACCGUCCGAAAUAGGGUCAUCGAUAUCCACGAUGGGUCACGGCCUUGUUUAAUAGAUGGGCGAUUUGAGUUAGUCUGGACCGCUCACGGUAUUGCAUGUCGCUGUCCCGUAGAAAUUUAAAAGUCGACGAGAUGUGGAGGAAGGGGAGGGGAAGCGGAACUGCCGGGUCUGGGGGCACAAACAACACCGGAUACCCUCAUCUGAUCUAGCCCGCAGGUCAUGGCGGUUACAGGGGUGUAGAUUUUGAGAAAAGCCUAGCUCCGGCGAGCAAAAGGUGAGGGUUGAGUGCUUAUUAAGGGCCGAGAGGAACAGUCACCACGUAUACCAGCCGACACAUGGAGGGAGCUGCUACCCUUACACGGUGUAACUUCCCAAAUGAACGCCCUUAAACACCUGGUUACCGCUGCCGUCACGGUCGCCGCCGACACCACAAUCUCCUAUCAUCACCCUUUCCUACCCAUCUCGAUGCGUCAAGUUGUGUUUUGAACUGUUUGUGGACUCUCCCGUCCGAGUCAACGCAGAAGUCCCUCGGAAAAGUUUUGUUUGGUAUGUCAUGAAUUAAGACGUAAAAGCUUGGAUACAGGCGUAUCUGAGCUACUAGGGGGAGGAUGCCCGAGUCAUAACAAGUCUUUGUCACGUAUCUUACCCACUUACUGUGCACAGUUCAGUCACGUUCCUCAGAAUAUCACACGUUCAUUGUUUCUAUCUUGCGCUACACACCUCCAUAGCUGCGUCAAUCGUCACACCCACUGGGCUGACGCCAGUCAGUUGUUGAGUAGCGAGACCGAUAAUCUCGUCAAGUAUCUCUCCAGUAGUUGGGUAGCCAAUUUCGGUGCUUCAUCUUUGUUUAUGACUGACCGAAGCACCCAGUUCGGAUCUUUAUUCUCCUAAUUCGUUUUCACCUUCCUGAGUUGCUCACUGAUACGGAAAACAGCCUGCCACACAGGCGCCACCGGCAUGGUCGGCGCUUUCACCAUUAAAUCAAGACUACCCUGUGCGACGUAAAGGACCCGUGAAAAUGAAAGCACCACCUUCCACUGGUGCUGGUGGAAUUCGGGGACGUUAAAGUCCAACAUGAAUGGCAGCGCGGUCGAACAGGUGUUCGGCGUUACCAUCUGAAUUUCAGGUGAAAUGACCAGCCCGACUUCUCACGGCAUCGACGAGGAUAUUUGCAACUUCGUACACUGCCUUCUGUAAUGUAUGCACACGCUGUCACCGGUCCCACUGCGAAUUCUACCAAUUCCGUCUUAUGUAGAAAAAGACUUAGCCAACUGCACCCACGUUACCGGUAGAAGCGAAAAGGUCAGUUCUAGAAAGCCGUAGGUGGGUAUGUGGUCGCAUGGCGACUGAAUCCUAUAAAUACUGAGCUCCUUGUGCGUCCAUCCUCCUUGCCUGUAGCCAUCUCUGAUGGUGGGUUCGAGCGACCGCAUCUCCUUCAUUUCAACUGCGUUCAAAUUUUCGUUCGGCGUGGCCGUUUGCACAAGCCACUUGACUCGCUCUAUGAGUGACCAUCCAUGGUGGUUUCCCGCAGAAACAAGACGUGCAGACCCCUCGCGGUGACAGAGGUCGUGGUUAGAGUCGGCCAGGUCAUGGCAGGUGUUGCUAAGAGGCCGCCAGACCAGUCUCACGGAUAAAUAUCUCAGUUUAUUUUCAGUUUAUUUGGUAAGGAUAAUAGGCAAAGCCUUUGAAAACCCUGUUGAUUACAUGUCAGCUCGUUAGAAAUAACUGUACACGAACAAUGAAAAUAUUCGCUAUUAAAACAGUACUGGAUUCAUUUGAGUAGCAUUGUUUCAGAGAACAUAUUUGCGGGAUCGCGGGGUAUUUAGUUCAGUUUCAGACUGUCGGGGGAAAACAGGGCAGACAAAUAAUCAUCUGAGCGUUUCUUGAAGAGUUGCAGAGACGUAGCCUCCACCACUGACUGAGGGAGAUCGUUCCAUUUCUCCACUACUCUUUGCGUGAAAAAUUCAGAACGAAGAUUCAGCCUGGACAUUGUUGUCCGUAACUUCAUCGGGUGACCACGAAGAUUGGGUGAAAGGUACCACUGAAACAUGUCCUCAAAGCUAAGUAGGUGCUCAAGGCCACGUAUUAUCUUGUAGACGAGGAUAAGAUCACCUCUUUGCUGCCUGUAACACAGAGGGAAUCAAUUAAGGCAAUUAAGUCUGUCUGUGUAGGAUUGGCUUUUUAGACCGUUUACUAGCUUUGUUGUACGACGUUGUACCCGUUCGAGGCAUGCUUGGUCCCUUACUAGCCAUGGCCGCCAUGCUUGUAGGCCAUAUUCUAAGUGGGGCCGAACAAAGGUGCCGUAAACUUUCCAAAAAAGGUCUUGGUCGAAGGUUACGAACGCCCUUUUGAUUGCAUGGAGCACCCCCAUGGCGUUUCUUGCAGCCUUGUGGCACUGAAGUGUUGGUUUCAGGUUGUUCUGUAUCCAUCCCCCGAGAUCCUUCUGUGAAGAUUCUGCGGGGAGUCUAAUAUCUUCCAGGUGAUACGUCCUCAGGCUCUCAUUUGAAUGAGAGUUGGUUGGGCGCAGAGGAAGGACGGCACACUUCUCCACAUUGAAAUCUAGAAGCCAUUUCUCCGACCACGCUUGCAGUCGAUGCAGAUUAUCUUGAAUCUCGGAUCAUUCGGACCCUUAAUGACUUGCCAGAGCUUAACGUCGUCGGCAAACAUUAUUUUGCCGCAGUCGAGUUCCUGAAGGCUGUCAUUAACAUGGAGGAUGAAGAGCAAUGGUCCCAGAACUGAGCCUUGAGGCCUAUCACUGGUCACAUUCACCCAUUUUGACAUAUCAUCUCCGAUACAGACACGUUGUUUGCGACCAACCAGAAACGCCCUUAUCCAGUUCAGAAGAUCUCCCCGGAUGCCGAUGGCGCUUAAUUUGUGAAGAAGACGUUGGUGCGGAACAGUAUCGAAAGCUUUGCGGAAAUCGAUAUACACGACAUCGAUCUCAAAACCCUCUUCUAGAGCCCUGGUCCAGAUCUUCAGACAAGCUAGCAGAUUUGAGAGGCAGGAACGUCCUCUCCAGGAGUCAUGUUGAAAAUCCUGCAGGAUGUUAUUUUCUUCACAAAAUUGCUGUAUAGCGCUGUUUACUAGAGCUUCCAUCGUUUUGCAUGGGAGGUGAGUCAAGCUAAUAGGCCUGAAGCUGCUUGCUGUCAUCCUGCUACCUCCCUUAUGUGAUGGAACGAGGUUAGCUGUCUUCCACUGUGACGGUAGCCGUUCUGUUCUCAUUGACAGCUCAAAGAGAGUCGAAAGAGGCUCUGACAGCUCCGUUGAUAGCUCCUUAAGUAUCAGCCCCGGAAUUUCGUCGGGUUCAGGAGACUUAUCAGGUUUUAUUUGACUGACGACGCGUCUUACUUCUUCGACAGAAAAGGCAAAGGUUUAAAUGACGGCAGUAUCUGGGCGCAUUUGAAGCUCCCGGCUGACUCGUUCCAUUUCAAACUGCUGAUUGUCUUCUGAGGACUCCUCCGUAAAAGCCGAUUGAAAAAACUGAGACAGUAAUCGCACUUUUUUGGCCCUUCAACUAGUAAGUUUCCGAGGCUAUCCUUUAGACAAGCAAUUUCGUCCCAAUGUUUCCUCCUACUGAGGAUGUUCCCGUAAAACUUCUUGGGACAUGUAAUGGAUUCUGCUAUGAGUCGGCGCUCGAAAGAAGUUCUAGCAACCCGUAUUUGUUUGCGGCAAUUAUUGCGCUGAUCCUUAUAUUCGGCGAAUGACCUUGGAUCUCGAAGUUGCAAAUACUUUUGCCACAGUCUCUGUUUCUUCUUCAGGGUCUUUUUUGUCGUCGGAUUGACCCACGGCGGUCGCUCACAUGAUCUUGUUAUUUUUAUUGGACAAUGGGAGUCAAUUAGACGCUGUAAAAUCCCACGAAAGUACUGCCAGAAUUCUUCUGAAUCUUCCAUGCUGACUAACCAGGUUUCUUUCCAAAGAGUACGUCUCAUUGCGUUAAAGUCUCCCUUCCAAAUAUUUCUGCGUCUCUUGAUUUUUGGUUGUUGGUUCGAUAGGAGAGAGCACACGCAGGUAAAAGCAAUAUGAUCGCUAAAACCGAGUGGAGGUUGUGGAUUCACUUCCCUUAUUGCUCCUUCUCCUUUACUGAAAACGAGAUCUAAACAGUUAGAUCGUUGUCCUUCUUCCGUUCUUGUUCCUAAUUUUAUGUGUUGAAUGAGAUAUUCAUUCAGGGAGAAUUGUAGUAGCUUGUGGUCAAAUGACGUGGACGGGGCGUUUGUUAGGGGAAUGUUCCAGUCUAUUCCUGGAGCGUUGAAGUCACCCAGAAUUAGUAAGUUCUCCUGCUUACAUAACAACUGCAGUGCACUAAGCAAUUCCAUUUCAGCGAUUUCAUUCGAGCUGGGAGGCCGAUAGACAACACAAACGUUCAGUGUCAGUAAUUGUUUGAUAAGUAUCUUGCAUGAAAUUAUUUCAAAAUUUCGCGGCGCCCCAUCGGAUAUUUCUCGCUGACAGCACGGAAUUUCAUUUGGCACAUAAAUCGCUGUGCCUCCUUCUCUACGUAGAAAUCUACGUUUAAAUAUGCGUUAACCUCCGCCCCUCCUCCACCGCCCCAUGACCCCUAUGUCUGCAUGUCACUUGCGUCUGCCGUAAGUUCAUUCUCCUCCGCCGGCUCUCUCAUGGAUUAUUGCUAAUGCAGAGGGCAGGGGUGUCCAGUUGUGGGUCCAAGUGAUGGUCGUAGUAGGCUGCUCACAUACUUUCAGGUAUUAACUAAGCCCAAAGUUUAAUAACUGGCACCAAACUCUCACAUGUGGCUCCCCGAAGAUAAGCUCUGUCUAGCGGCCACACCCCGGUAGCCGCCUCGACCGGCGGGCUAAACCAGGUGAGGGUGUCCGUAUGUGCAAGGUAAAUCGGCUCUGCCCCCGCUAUUUCCGGGCGGGUAGAUCGCCGCUUCGGCAUCUCCGAGAUACGGCUCCGUCUACAACUCCGCAGGAGGCCGCAAGUCAAGAGAACCCCAGAUAGGCUGGAUACCGUUUGGUUGUCUUUGCUUGCUCAUACCUCAUUUCAGUAUUCGGCAAGUUAUUUACCCCGUGGCUGAAAACCUCCCUUUAUCUACUCCUGUGCACUUUUUCUCCACUCUUCGCCCUCUCUACUCUUUGCCCUACAUCCUUCCCUCACGGCCGAAAGUCCUACCUCCAGAGCGGCAUGCAAUCACGUAGGCGGCCCAGGCCAUUGGUUGUUCUCUCACUAAAACCCGUGACCCAUAGCGGAGAGCGGUAUCCGUCUGGGGCGACAGAGCAGUCCUAUUUAGGGAGAGCACUGCCUUCCCGCGAGGGAAAGGAGGAUAUAAAAGGUGCCUAAACAAUGUUGGUUCACGACACUUGUUCGCAGACCGUGGCUCGCAGGCUGUUACACAUGCGGUCAAAAUCAAAACACAAAACAAAAUACUCUUUCUGCCUCCCCCUCCUCCUCCUCCUUCCCUCCGUCCCAUCCCACAGGCUACUGGAGUGAGUCCUCUCACUCUGGCGGCUUGGAAUUUUCGCUCCACUUUAGAUAAUCCCAGGAGCCACCGGCCGGAACGAAGGACGACGCUGGUCGCUCGGGAACUGACGCGCUACAAGGUGAACAUCGCUGCAUUUAGCGAGACCCAGCCCUCUUAACAAGGCCAACUGGAGGAGGUGGGUGCCGGCUACGCCCUCUACUGGAGCGGUCGCCCAAAGGAAGAGCGACGAGACGCAAGUGUCGCCUUUGCCAUCUAGGACGACAUCGUGGGACGACUGCGCUGUCUGCCGCAGGGCAUCAAUGACCAACUGAUGAGUCUGCGCUUGCCUUUUCGGGGAUCCAACUUCGCCACCAUCAUCAGCGCUUACGCCCCAACAAUGACCGGCUCUGAAAAGAUGGAGACAAACUUCCAGGAAAACCUGCACACUCUCCUGGCGUAUGUACCGAAGGCGGAUAAGUUAACUGUCCUCAGUGACUUCAACGUCUGCGUCCACACAGACAGUGUUGCCUGGAAAUGAGUGCUGGGCCCUCACUGAAUCACCGGCUGCAAUGACAAUGACCUCCUCCUCCUCCUGCGAACCUGCUCUGAACACCGCCUCCUGCUGACCAACACCCUCUUCUGCCUGCUAAUGCGGAAAAAGGCCGCCUGGAUUCUCCCUCGAUUGCGGUGCUGACACCUGUUGGACUAUGUUCUCGUUCGGCGGCGAGGUCGGCAGGACGUACUGGUGACCAAGGCUAUCUGCGAUGGCGAUGGUUGGACAGACCUCCGCCUUGUCAUCUCCAAGAUGAAGCUCUGUAUGCAAUCCCGCGGGAGGCUAAAAGAUAAGCGAUCCGGAGAUAAUCUGAAUAUUGCUUUGCUGCCUUUGCCUGCUCACCGUUUACAUUUCAGCAAUCGACUGGCCCAACAACUGGAAGAACUGACAGCUGCAGCUGAAAACGCUUCCGCGGAGACUCAAUGGUGCCAACUACGGGACGCCUUUCAUUCAACCGCCCCGAGUGUUCUCGGUCGCGCGGGUCGCCAGCACUAG